CGACGACCAGGGAGCCAGCACAGACUGGACGGGCCGAACGCCCUGCUUCCCUGAUCUCACGGCCGUUCCUGUUCCAGCUCAGUCAGUCACCCACCUGCCUGGCACCGGCGGAAAACUCCUCGAAGGUGAAGUCCUGAUCGAAAUAAGCUCUGAUCAGGAAGAAGUACAUCUUGGUGCGGGCCCAGAUGAACGGGUUGGGGAUCCCGACCACCACCACCUUCUUGGGCCGCGGCUGGCGCCCCGGUCCCGGCUCAGUGCUGUACCGCCGGGCCCAGGGAAGAGGCCCGGGCGGAGCCAGGCACCGCGGCACGGCGACGGGGGCGGCUAUGGGGCCGGGCUGCCUGUGAGCCCAGGACAGAGCGAAGCGGCACCGCCUGACCGCCAGCGCCAUCUUCACCGGGCAACAGGUCCGCUCCUCCCAUUGGCUGGGGAGGCGAGACCCCGCACACUCACCCGUCCGGGCAACAACCCCGACCCCAGUAACAGAGAAAACCUGCAGUUCUUAAAGGAAUUCCCCUCGGCUCGUGCACGUCAAAAUGGACAGUUGAUUACCUGAGUACGACUGGAGGAAGGCAGGAGGUCAAGGUUCAUGUUGCAUCAAUACCACAGAUGGAUUUUAUCAACAAAAAUUUUAUCUACAGAACUUUACCAUUUGAUGUUUUUGUGAAGCGAGCAGCAGAGUCAGUCCACACAGAAUACUUCUUAUCUGAGGAUGAAAAAUAUUAUUUAAGGUCAUUAGGAGUUGACCCACGGAAGGAUGUAGCAGAUAUCAGAAAACAAUUCCCACUUCUAGCUGAGGACAUCAACAUCCCAGAGUUUUUUGAGAAGGAUCAGUUUUUCUCCAGUGUUUUUCGCAUCAGCUCACCAGGCCUGCAGCUGUGGACUCAUUAUGAUGUUAUGGAUAACUUUUUGAUCCAAGUAAUCGGCAGGAAGCGAGUGAUCCUCUUCAGUCCUCAGGAUGCACCUUAUCUGUACCUAACAGGAGAUAAAUCUGAGGUCUUGGACGUGGAGAAUCCAGAUCUAAGAAAAUAUCCACAAUUUGCAAAAGCUCAGUGCUAUGAAUGUCAGUUAGAUCCAGGAGAUGUGCUUUUCAUUCCAGCACUGUGGUUUCAUAACACUGUUGCUAAAGAGUUUGGAGUGGGAGUGAAUGUAUUUUGGAAACAUCUUCCUGCAAACUGCUAUGAUAAAACGGACACUUAUGGAAACAAGGACCCUGUGGCAGCCUCAAGAGCUAUGCAGAUUUUAGACCGAGCCUUAAAAACACUAGAAGAGCUUCCGGAUGAAUACAGAGACUUCUAUGCACGGCGAAUGGUUUUACGAAUUCAAAGUUCUGAACAACAACAGAGAAAACAAGAUUUAUUACAAAUACCAAGUGGGGCUAUGUUUACAUUGCAAAAUCACCACGUGUUUUCGGAUAGUCGGAUCUGUGGUUAGAUGAUUAUACAAUACAGAUCAAGUGUUGGACAAUAUCAUGGAGGGAACUACACAAGUAACCACAUGGCACUCGAUAUCUAAGUGCUGCCACAUCACUUAGCCAAAUAUUCACGAUCACUCAGUGGGAAACCUGCCAUUUCCCAUGUCAUCCAGUUGAGGGACUGGUGCGAGAGGCUGCUGGAGAUUGGAGUGGAGCUGCAGAGCCGCUCUCUGCUCGGCUCAUUCCCGCCCUGUUUCCUGCUCGAGACGCGAAGCUGAAGAUCUGACGAUGAGACGAGCCCCGCGAGCGCCAGGCUCCGUCUCCAGACCGUGAAGAUGCCGGCGCCGUCCAGGAGUUGGUCAAGUUUGCCGGAGCACUUUCCCCGGGUAUCCGGCAGAGGGAGGAGGAGCAGAAAGACCACCAGCAGGAACAGCUCACAGCAAACCUGCAGAGCAAGUGUAGCCGGAGAUGUGAGAAUAAUACUGAGCUCCACCACACAACUUUAACCACGUCAAUGUCCAGCUUCCAGCGAAGACUGGCUGCUGCAGUUAAUCCCACAAACAAA